AUGAAUCAGGUGUCAUCUGGUUCAUCUUCAUCCCUUUGUGAGAGAGCUUCACCUGCGCCUUCAAUUUCGCAGCUGUACGGGAUUAAUACCGAAACCGAUGAUACUUAUCGAUUUGCAUUGAGAUUGCUGGUGCUGGAAUACAUUAAUGAGCCUAGGUUUCGAAGUAAAUAUGUUGCGGAAUCGACAGCUGUGAGAAAACCUUCUCCAUUGGCAGCUAGUAACUAUAAUAAAAGAGCGUCAUGGUUUUCUAACGGCUCAUCUAUGCUCAGCAGAGAGAGUGAAGAGAGUGAUGCUGUUCAAAAAACCCUUCCAAAGUUGGAAAAGUACUUAAGUAAUGUGGCGAUCAACAAUGUCGCCAUUCGUGAUGGUAAGCUGAGAAGAAGUCUUCUGAAGUUUUACAAUGAUGUCUUUUUGAAUCCAGAAAUGAGCAGGACUUUGGAGGCAGCACAGGGGUUUGAGGAAAUAAUAGUUUAUUUUACCAAGGCUUCCAAUGGGGAGCUGAACAAACUGGUCGUUGAGAACAUUCACGAGGAGUUGUAUUGCGAAAUUUCGUACUUCAUCGACUUGAUCAUCAAACUGGCUGCUGAUGAUCUUCCUGCGAACUCCGUAUCCAAGCUUCAGGAGUACAAGGAGACGGUGAAACCAAGAAAAGUAUCACUGAAAAAAUAUAGCACAUCGGCUGUGAUAAGCCGAGCUUCUUCGCCUAAUUUGGUUGAGGUGAGUACGAAACCAGCAUUCAAAUUAAAAGAGAUCACGCAUUCAUCGUAUUUCAUGGACCUCUUUCAAGUUUCUUCAAUUACCUUACAGCAAGAUGUCAUCAAGGUUAUGGACGAAGCCGUGAAUGCCGCAUAUUGCAAGGAGCUUCGUGCUUGGAAAGAAAAGACCAGAGCAGGAAAGGGCCGUUUUAAUGUCGAGAAUUUCCCUUCGGAAAGAGAAUUCAAGCUGUGGGAAUUUUUUGAGAUAGGAGAGAUCGCCUCUUUGCUCGAUAGAUUCGAGUCGGAUGAGGCUGGUGUGACAAACGGUAACGACUCUCCCGUCAUCAUACCGCCUGACGCUAGAAAUUCCUUUGUUUCUUUGGUUUCCAGAAUUCUUUUGCUUGAGUCGAAACAAAAUGUCAACUCUCUUAAUCUGUCUCAGAGUGCUUUGUUUUUCAUCACAAAGGCUUCUAAGUAUUGGAGAUUGAAUUAUCAUUCCACCCUCGCCUCAUUGAUCUACACUGCGGCAAACCUGACCAUACUGAGCGGCGAAGAGAUAAACCUGAAUCUUGCAGAAAAUCUGCUGAAUUUCAUUCGACUGAAGGUACUAAAGGUGGAGACCAACAUGGAAACGUCCCUUUGGAAUGAUCUUGACAGGAAACAGUGGUCGGAAAACCUCUUGUAUUCGGCGAACCAGUGCAGCAACAUGAUUGAUAAUUUGUUAACGGCACUGUUCGCAAGUACAAAGCCCAAAUUCUCAAAGGCUCUAUCAUUCUACUACUGUAAUAUCAAAGAGGACCCAUGUAUGACAAUGGACCAGCAGCAAUCCAACAUCCUUGAUCGACAAAUGCUCAAGAGAUUUCGUAAGACUGUUUUCAAAACAAGCGAGCGUUUCUAUAUAUCACUGCUUGAUCAGGUUCCAAAGGAUAGUACCAUCAAAAUCCAGCAUAUUCAGAAUGUUGCAGAGCAGAUCAUUGAACAGAUUAAGAGCAUUCAGAAAAGGUACAAUAAGCCGCUGUUGGACAAGAUUAACUUGGCCUUUGAAUGUUCUACAGUUUUAAUUGAAGCAUUUGGAUCGGAUAUCUCAGCCAUGGUGAAGCGCGCGAAGAAGUAUGGAUCUGUAGAGUUGGGUCAACCGAUUGCUCCAGUAGACGCUUUAGAGGCUUACUCCGUUUUCAAGGAGCUACGGUCCAUUUACAAGCAAGUGCGACCGAAUAACUCCUUUCCGUGCAAUCUAGAAAAGCUGUUUGUGAAAUACGUUACUCAGUUGUGUGACGAGGUGAGCCAAAAGGUACUGAAAGUUAUAGAAUCCUCCAUCCAAAAUGAAACGUGGGAAUUUGUGAAUCCAGAAGUGCCGUUUAGUAACUCAGUGCUCGAUAUUUUUAAGAUGAUAAAUGAAUCAAUUAACUUGUUCAAGAAGCUUGAUUGGCAAGAGGACUAUCAGAUAGCCAAAGUAAUAACAUUUCUUUUGAAAUCUUUCUCCGACGGUUUGCUCUUUUACACUAACACGUUGCUUAGGAUGAUUGAAGAAGACCUCAUCCAAGAUGCGGAACACCUGCGAUUGAAUGACAAAGAAAGGAGAAGCGUUUCUGGAACUAGGCCGUAUAUGGAAAAGGCCCAUCACAGUUGGUCAUUUCAUGGAAUGAAGAAUGCUCUGAGGUCUUCUCAGGUGGCUGAAAUACCUGGACCUUACCAGUUCAAGAACCGCACAUGCGUUCUGCUGAGCAAUUUCGAGUCGAUGAUUCAGAAAUUGAAUGAUCUUGAUGAGCAAAUCAAUGCCGAACAGCUUUCUAAAAUCGUUCAGGCGCACGAAGGUGACAACUCCAGAAGAAAGAAUUCUAAAGAUGAAGACACAGCGUUGCAUCAGCUUUACACCAUACGCAUCAUCAAGGCGAAGGGAAUUAAGGGAUUCUCAAAAGCUGGACUCUCCAACGCUUUAGUUUCCAUCGUGGACACUUCAAAACAUCAUGAAAUUGGAAAGACUAAGCUCAUCAAUAAUACUAUUAAUCCAAUGUGGGAUGAGGAGUUCGAAAUCGAAACUCCUGUGAACAAAUCACAGUCCUUAACCAUGAUGGUAUGGCAUCGUCCCUCUGGCAGAUUUAACUCUUUUAGCAGCUACGAACUUUGUGGCAAAUGCUCUAUAUUAUUGGAACCCAAGAAGUUUAGCGAUGACGGCUUUCCCAAUGAAGUGACUCUUCAACUCGACACGCAAGGGAAGCUCUACCUAGAGAUAGCUCUCGAGAGCGAGAAGGUAGAUGCACUAUUCGCGAUGGGAAGAACUUACCGGACGUUAACCAGGGCUAGAGAUAGAGCUAUCGAACUGAUCAUAAGUAAAUUCUCGGCAUGCAUUGGAUACGCUUUCUCUCGGACAACGUUGGAAAAGGUUUGCGGCUCUCAUGGUACACUUAUCGUGUCAAAAAAUGAAGUUUACGAAGCGAUUGUCCCACUUUUCGACUAUUUAAACUCAAACUUGAACAUCCUGGCUUCUAGUCUUUCUCAAGAUCUUCUCUUCAAAAUAAUGCUGAGGGCCUGGUCAUGUAUCCUCCAGGCGGCAGAUGCUUUGCUUUUACCGCCAUUAUCAAUAGCUCGAAAUAAGAGACUCUCUGGAUCAAAGUCCUUUUUUGGCAGCGCCGUCUCAGCCGCCUUGCAUAACACGUAUGUUGUGCCCGGCUAUGGCAGGGCGCUCACAUUGGUAGAGGUCGAAACUGUCUUUUCCUGGCUGUAUGCCCUGUGUGUGGACUUCUUCCACAACGGUGGUGAGGGUCCGCCGCUCAGCGAUUUGAAGAACAGUCACUAUCAAACAAUGCUCUUAAUCGCCGCCUACUACGAUAAAAAUGCGAAUGAGUUGAAACAGGAGGUUGAGAGGCUGUCGCCGAGUUAUGCUAAAUAUAUCAACAAACUGGCAUUUGGGCUUGAUAACCAUAGAAGACUCAGCAACCGAUUGGUGACGUUGGCGCGGAAAGAGACGAUUAUGGCGAACGCAUCAAAGAAGGCAAGAUUAAAAAUUCAACAAGAAAUCGAACAAGAUCAAAACGAUUCUCUUGAGAGGUCGAGCGAAACGUUGGAUAUCGUGUUCAGAAUCUUGCUAGUCAAAGGCGAGGCAGACUUUGUAAGCCAGCAACUAGCUGUCAGAAGUAAGAUGAAAAAGUCUGUCGCCACGGAGAAGCUGGUCAAGGCUGCUGUACAGGGACAGAGACUGAAAUACAAGCAUUGA